AGCCUUCGUCACAUCCUUCAUCUUCAUCACCCUCCCCUCCCAAUGGGUCGUCAGACUUCAGGUACCAUGGUAACGCUGACGGUGCCGGUUCAGCAGAGGACUCAGACUCUGGCGCCCAUGGGAUCCACCUCCUGCUGAGACCCCCAGACCUCCUGUCCCCUAGUCUGCCCCCACCCCUCCCGCCAUUCAGCCAGCCCACCCUAACCCCUCCUCCCCCCUGGGAGCAGGGCCCUUCCCUGGAGGAGGCCUGGGGCUCCGGGGACUACCUGGAGACUCUGUCCUUCAUGGUGCCGGAUGGUGAGGAGCUGUCCCUUGCCACACCACUGCCCAGCCAMCCCUGGGACCCAGACUCUGAGGAGGACUGGGUCUCCUACGACACCGACUUCCCCAUCCGACCAACUCUUCCCCUGUCCUCUCAUCUCCCCCUCUCCCCUUCCUCCUCUAUCCCUAACAUAGUUCUGCACAGCCACCCUGCCCCACCAGAGGGCUUCCCCUCCUGGGACCAGGACUACGAUCCAGAGGACAUGAUCCCUYUGGAACCGACAGAGGUCCUGCUGCCAGACAUGAACAGUCUGGAGUACUACACAAACCUGCUGGCCCGGGAGCGGGAACGAGAGAAGGAACGGGAGCGGCAGCGGGAGAAGGAACGGGAGCGGGAACGAGAGAAGGAACGGGAGCGGCAGCGGGAGAAGGAACGGGAGCAGCAACGAGAGAAGGAACGGGAGAAGGAACGGGAGAAGGAACGGGAGAAGGAACGGGAGAAAGAACAGGAGAAGGAACAGGAGAAGGAACAAGAGAAAGAACGAGAGAAGGAACGGGAGAAGGAACAAGAGAAGGAACGGGAGAAGGAACGACAGAAGGAACAGGAAAAGGAACGGGAGAAGGAACAGGAAAAGGAACGGGAGAAGGAACAGGAAAAGGAACGGGAGAAGGAACAGGAAAAGGAACGGGAGAAGGAACAGGAAAAGGAACGGGAGAAGGAACGAGAACAGGAAGAGAAGAAAAAGAAGGAUCAUGUGAACCAGACUAAGUCUGGACCAUUCAUUAGUCCUACAAGAACACAAGCCCAACAUCCUCUUCCUACCCCGACCCUGACCCCCAGUCCCCCACCUCCCCUGGAGCCCAAACACCCCCCACCAGGACACCUUCCUCCUCUCACACCUUCACCUACCCUCUCAGGUGAGGAGAAGCUCCCUGCUCCAUCAGCCACCCAAAGAACSUCCUCCACCUUCACUCCAACUGCUCCAAAAUCCAAAGACCAUAGUCCUGUCCCCAGUAGACACCCACUUCCUACACCACCCAACACCACCAGCAGGGCACCCUUCCCUCCCUCGUUAGGACCACCCACCCAUACCAACAAACCCAGGAGACCUUUGGUGGUCACCGAGAAGCCAACAAAGUCUCUGCCUACAACCUCCACCACCCAGAUGACCUCCAUUAGCCUGACCAGAGCCACCCCCGUCACCACACCCAGGAGCGCCCAGACUCCGCCCAUCAGGCAGUACCUGUGCAACGUCACCAAGCCCGAGCUGUACCUGGUCAGAGUGGUAAGUUCCAAAGGCUCGUCAGCCGGUUUCAGUCAGCUCCGAGACCUGCUGAGGAGGGAAUUCAACCGCUCCGUGGAGCUGCAGUUCCUCAGAACUCCAUCCAGUUUUGCCUUCCGUGUGGUGUCGGGUCCGAUGAUCUUCACCGCCAUAUCGGUCAUCAACGCUGUCCGCCAGGCGCCGCGAGGCUCAGGUCCGGUUCCCAACGUGUCGCCGCUGUACACCAUACCUGACCUCCGGUACCAGGUCCACUCGGUGCUGCAGUUUGUCCCCGCCCACGCAGACAUAAGAGUGUGUAACUUCACUGAGCGUGUGGAGCGCGGGCUGAUAACGGCGUACACCGAGGCACGGAGAAGGUCCAAUGAGAUGGGGAACAUCACCAUCCAGCUGCUGAACGUCACGUUGGGCCCAGCCCGGCCUGCAGCAGGGCAGAAGGUUCCUGUGGAUAUCAUGUUCGCAGUGCGAGACGGAGGAGGUUAUUUGACAGGGUCAGAGAUCAGUGAACACCUGAGGAAGCUCAGCCUGGUGGAGUUCAGCUUCUACGUUGGGUUUCCUGCACAGCAGAUCGCAGAACCCUUCCAUUACCCUGAGCUGAACACAUCUCACAAACUGAAAUCCACCUGGGUCUGCACAGUCCUGCUGGGGGUUCAGGAGCAGCAGGUAGCUGAGAGAAGUUUUAAAGCCCGACUUGAGCGGCGUCUGGCUCUUCUGCUGGAGGAGGGGCUACAGGAGACCAGCAGGAGGCGCUGGAGGAGGGCUACGGCUGUGGGCAGCAACAACCUGCAGGUGGUGCGGGUUUCCAGGCUGUCGGGGCCWGAGCGCCCCCUGGAGGUGUUCUACUUUGUAGAGGGUCCAGGUGGAGUGAGGGUCCGAGCUGAGGUCACCGCUGCCACCAUGAACCGUCUGGACCUUCAGAGGGCCGCCAUCGUUCUCGGACACAGAGUCCAGAGACCUCUGGCCCAACCUGUGGAGACUCUGUCCAUCCCCCCAGCAGAGACUCAGAGCAGCAAUAUUUUGCUGAUUGUUGGUGUUGUCGUCCCGGUCCUGCUGGCUGUCUUCAUCAUCAUCAUCCUCUACUGGAAGCUGUGUGGUUCAGAGAAGCUUGAGUUCCAGCCAGACGCCAUUAGCACCAUCCAGCAGAGGCAGAAGCUUCAAGCACCAAGCGUCAAAGGCUUUGACUUUGCGAAGCUUCAUCUGGGUCAGCACAGUAAAGAUGACAUCAUGGUCAUCCAGGAGCCUGGCCUGCUGCCCGCCCCUGUGAAAGAAGCCACGCCCUCUGAUGGCGGAGACCUCAAUACCCCCAAAUCCAAAGGGUCGUCCACCAAGGCAGCGCGUUCGAGUCGCCGUAGAGGAAGGCUCAGCCCAUCAGAUGGUGACUCUUUAGGAAGCGACCAAUCGAGUGGCAGGGAGUCGGCAGAGGAAAGCACCAGGCCUGUGGCCACGCCCAGCGAGGGGAAACAGCACAGGAAGAUGCCCAAAAAUGGGAGGAGCAAAGUUGGAGCCCCUUCAGGCAGUGGGCCAGACGAGCUCCUGUCCUCGUCCUCCAUCUUUGACCACGUAGAUCGUCUGUCUCGCGGCUCGUCUGACGGCACGCGGCGCCAGGCCAACAAGGUGCAGCUGAUCGCCAUGCAGCCGAGGCCGAGCCCCCCGCCAACGCAUGCCCCCCCGCAGCCGAGCCCCUCCAUCACUGAGAAGGUCAACACCGAGCAGGUGGCUCUGAGGCACAAGUCUGAGAUCGAGCAUCACCGGAACAAGCUGCGACAGCGCGCUAAGAGGCGGGGCCAGUGCGAGUUUCCCUCCAUGGAUGACAUCAUGGACGCAUUUGGAGAUGGGCCAGUUCAGAGCGAGGUGGCGCAGCGACUCUAUAGCUCCGCCCAUGACCACAUGGACUGCAUCCUUCAGGCUGACGCCGCCUCGCCCCCCACCCCCACCGACUCCAGGAAAAGAGGGAGGCUCUCUUCUCGAGGUCGGAGGGCUCAGCAGGGACCAGGAAGUCUCCCUGAUACUGAGAGAGACCGGCUGCUCAUCGAUCAGGGGGCCACCUACAGGAAGUUCCCAGGACUCAACAACGUGGCCUACAUGUCCGACCCUGACCUGCCCCCGGACCAUGGCAGUCCGUCCCCAACAGAUGAGGUCUUUGACCCGGCCCCGGCCCCUCCUCCCUACAUGCCUCCACAGCCCUCCAUUGAGGAGGCCCGCCAACAAAUGCUCUCCCUGCUGGAUGAUGCCUUUGCCCUGGUCUCACCGUCCUCACAGGCCAGUGGGGGCGUCAGUGGGAGAUAUUCAGAGCUGGGAGUGUCCCCCACAUCCAUCCAGGGUCUGCUGCAGAGGCAAGGCCUGGGCUCAGGAGUCUACGUUUCCCCUGGAGACCAGCUGCAGGAAUCAGUUUACUCCAACAAGGGGAAGUACGAAGACCCCCCCUCCUCCUCCAGACCGCGACCUGUUGGGGGCAGCACAGGUGCACAGCUUCACCACCUGACUCAGGUGGGGUUGUCCAGUCAGAUUGGUGUGUACCCGGGAGUCGGUCGCAGCAUGUCUGGACCCACGGGGUCCAGCUGGCACCAGCAGCACUCAGACCAGGACCUGUCCAGACCAGGAGGCAGCAGAGAGAGCGUGCUGUCGUUCCCUGAGUUCUCCUCUUCCUCCGUUUUCCAGAUGCCCAGCUCCUCGUUACGAGACCCUUCGGCUCCACCCCUCCUCCUGACCUCGCCCACCCCUGAGUACCCACCAGAGGACGCCUCGCCCUCGGCCCACACCUCCGCCUCUCUUAUAAAGGCUAUCAGGGAGGAGCUGCGCCGUCUGGCCCAGAAACAGGCCGCAGUGACCAGUUAUCCUUAGACUGACCUGGACCUGUCAGGACCAGGACUCAGCAGCAGGAUUAUUAACUGAUCAACACCAUGAAACAACAACACCAUCCAUUUUUGACAACAAGGGCAGUGUCUGCAGAAGACCUCCGGUUCUUUACAGGGUCUCGUCUUUCUAUUUGUCUGACCAUCAUCUGAGUGUUUCAUUGCACAUAACGUCAUGUUUCCACUGAAGUGCUUCCUGGAGUCGAUCAUCUGAUGAUCAUCCUCCCCAAUCGUCUCCGUUCAGUUGACUCUUCUGAACCUCUGGAGCAGCAGUACUUUCCAGAACCUCUGGAAUGAAUGGAACCUCCUGGAGAUCUGCUGGAGUUCGGCUGUUCCACUCGUCUGGGGUUUGGAUUUUAAGCUGUCAGAGGAAACAAACAUUCCUGGCCUCCUAAAGUGGACGGUAUCUUGAUGGAGUUUUAGAGCAGAUGGUUCUGGAGCAAACGGACCUUCUAGGAUCUAGAGUCCUUAAAGAGCUCUGUUACUUCUGAAGCAAAUGAUACCUUUACGUGUUCUAGAACAAACUGUCAGUGAUGGAGGUCUGGAACAACAAGACCAUCUAAAAGGAAUCUAGAACCUCUGAAGCGUACCGUCCCUCCUGGUUUUCCACUUUCAGACCUGAAGCAGAUCUUCACUCUGUGGGUUUUGGAGUCCAUCGCUCCUUCUCCUGAAGGGGAUGGUACCUUUAAAAGUUCUUAAAUAGAUUGAGGGUCUUGGGUUUCUGCAACAGAAAAAAACCCUUCUGGAAUGACUCUAGAACCCCUGAAGAGCACCGUCCCACCUGGUUUUAGUCCUCCCAGAGCUCCUGGAGCAGAUCUGUCCAGUCCAAGCAGAGUUCUGGUCCUCCUGAGGUUCUGAAGAGGACCAUCCUUCUGGACUCCCUGUGGUGCUAACCGUCAGCCUCAUCUCAUCUUUGACCACUUACUGCCUUCCACAGUCCCAUCAGCCACGGUGAUCAGGUCUGCAUCAAUAAACCAUCCGGACUGAGGUCUUUGCACUCCUGGACAGCUGGAGGCGCUGUAGUCCUGACAGCACGACAAGACAAACUACAAACAUAGAAAUCUAUAGCAGAAAGAAUAAAAUAUAUGUAAAGAGAUAGAAUGAGCACAAUAUAAAUGUAAGAGUUAUUGGAGUAUUGAGAUGUGAUGUAUUUUGAUUGCUUAUGUUUAAAAAAAUCUACUUUAAAUGCUUUAUUUUAAUCCAAAAAAGACCAAACUACUGUUCUUGUGUUUGUGCUCGCUGUAGAUGUGGAGCCGCUCGCUUGCUCGUGUCUUCUUGUAUCGGUGGCAAAGAAAAAAACACAGCUGAUGUUUUGUUGCUUCCAUUAAAUGCUGCAGUUUGGUGUGAAGAUACAGAUUUUCUGUAGCGAGUUAAAACCUGACUGAAAAGUUUGUUUGCACAUUUUAGGCCUCUUUGCACAGUUUUUCUUUGUUUGAAGUGGAUUUCUGCGGAAAGGUUCAGAAGUUCAAAGGUUUAGAGCUGAGUUGUGACCGGACCUUUGAGCUAAUGAUCAACACUAAUCCUUAACCCUUUACAGCACCAUCUGUUUUAAAAUGAUAAACAUGGUCUUGGUCCUGCUCAGACUAGCCUUUAGCUCAUCCUUCCUGUCAGAAUCCAACUUGUUUCUUCAAACAUGAUGUCAUUCAAAAUGUCUGAACUUUUAUUUUGAAGUUAGAAACCUGAUGUUUGAAUGUUAGUUGGAAUUAAAGCUGCUAGGUUGUUUGAUUUAUCUGUGGUUGAAUCAAAAUGUCKGUUCAGUUUUUGGUGGUACUGAUCCGAGUCUCCUGAAAGUGAAAACAGACACGUUGUUGCCAUGGAGAUUAGGUCCCGUUGUUGCGUAACACUUUUAACGACACUUUAAACAUCUGAGGUUUCUGUAGAAAGGAUGGUCAGAUUUCUGUUUAGCUUUGAAUUAAAGUUAAAAAACUUCAGCUCAGAGGUUAGCCGUUAGCUUCAUCUUCAGCUUCUUCUAUCAAACUGACCCUUUUCUGCUGAUUCUGCCUUUAGCUUUUUAGUAAACAUCAUCAAAGCUUUCAUUGGUCCAUGCUCUUCUUCAGCUCAUCUCAUUGGUCCAUGCUCUUCUUCAGCUCUUCUCAUUGGUCCAUGCUCUUCUUCAGCUCUUCUCAUUGGUCCAUGCUCUUCUUCAGCAUGCUCAGUAAGCUUCAGCUGUUGUCUGUGUUGCUGUUAAUGUUCAGCAUGCUGCUAAACCAUGUUAAAGUUUAAAAAGUUGCUUCACGUCUGAGCAGAGUUGUUAGCAUCCGGGUGCUAAAGGAGCUGCAGCUCAUCCAUGGUUAAGCAUUUUUUUUUUUUUGCUUUUAAUUUCUAAAGCUAUUUUUAAAUCUCAAAGAAGAUGGUUACAGUGUAUAAAUGAAAGUGGAAAUGGUGUUAAAUAGAACUAAUUAUAUAAAUAUAUACAAAUAAAUAUAUAUAUACAACUUAUUUUAUCUGUGAUUGCUGAACGGACACUGAUCAGCUCCUCUAUGGACCAACCACAGACCAGCUCUGGACUAUCUGAUUGCACCUGUCAGUCAAGCUGUUGGACUUGGACACGCCCACUGGAUCACAUGGUGCUACUUCAAAGACUCCAAGUGGACCUGAGACUCCUCAGAUCCAACCACACAAGAGAAGAAUCCUGCAGCGGUUCUGCUCGAACAGACGUGGAUCUUCUUCUGAAUGUUUCCUUCGAUGUUUUCUAGACUUUCUGUGUUUUUAGAUCUUCUCCAACAAGUAGUGGACCUGCAGAGGUUCAUACAUGACAAAACCGCUGACCUGGGUCAGGAUCUCAGCUCUGAUCACAAAACAAUCUGCUGCACAAAAUAAAUAUAAUAGAAACAAAUGAUAAAAAAUAGAUUAUAAAUGAAGAACCGGAGGAGAACCCAAGUCCAACGUUUUGUCAUGAAUGAACUUCCUGCUGCCGCUCCAGUCCAACCACAUUCCUGUUAAUGUUCCUCAGACUCUGACCUCACGCCCAGACCACGUGAGCCCAUCUGGUUCUAAUGAGUCCACCUGGGUUUGGGUUCCAGAGUCUGAAGUAUUUGUGUCCGAUCCAUGAGCUGGGAACACUGCCAGCAGCCUCACCUGUUCAACAGCAGCUACCAGGUGAACCCUCAGCCGGGUCACAUGACUGAACCGGUUCCUCUGUGGGAACUGGAUCUGGCAGGUCUGACAGAUUGUGUUCCAAACAAUAAAGAGACGUGUUCAAAUUCAAA